AUGAAAGUAUUAAAACAACUUGUUUUAUUUAUUUUUUUAAUUAAAUUAUGCAUUGCGACAAAUAACUACUACAGUUCCAGCAGUAAUAGCGCAGAAACUACUAAAUAUAUUUAUACAGAAGUAUAUCAAGAAUUAGACACUGAAUGUUUAAACGAAUCCAAUAUAACAACUAUAUCAUAUGUUUUAAGUGGAUCAUGUUCAUCAUUUGGUGAAAUGUUAACAUGCUUGGAUAAUAAUACAUUUAUUAUUCAAAACUUUCAAAAUUUAGACUGUACAGGACAAAUUACAGAGCAAUUUAUACAACCAUUUUCUAACUGUUCCGAUAAUAGAAAAUAUCUCUGUGUUGAUGUAAUAGGUAGUCUCCCAAAUUCAAAUUCUUUAAUAUCAAUUCAAACCGUAGAUUACUCUUGUGACUGGAAAUCUGGAAUAGCCGAUAAUACCAAUAUUAAACUGUUAACCAUCAACUAUAUGAACAUGUGCGAUACCGUACCAUAUGAGCAUGCUAUGAUGUUAACAUGUAAUGGAACUGAUUUAAUCGAAACUACAUAUGUAGCUGGUCUUAACUGCGACCAACCUUAUCUUAUUAGCAGCGACCCAACACCAGAUUGCCAAGAUGGAAACCCAGAACAAAGUGUUACCUUUAUCUGCAAUUAA